AUGGCAGUGCUUAUACCAAAUGCUUUUGUGAGGUUGCCACAGUUACAAGGAAGGAUCCCUGAGGAUGUGAUCCUGAGAAAUGCUAGUGAGAGAGCGUGGCAUGUCAAAACACGAUAUGUUGAAGAGAAAUUAUAUUUUGAUGAUGGGUGGAGGGCUUUCCAUCAAGAAAACUGCUUAGGACAAGCAGACUUUCUUGUCUUCAAGCAUGAACGGAGAAAUGAGUUCGUGGUACUAAUCCUUCAAUUAUCAACACAGUGUCAAAAGCCUUUGGUAAAGAUGGAGGAGGAGCAAGCAGCAACACAACUAGUUGAGGAGCCAGACAGCUCUUCCGAUGAUGAUGAUGAAGAGAGUGGAGAAGAAUUCGGUGCUGGAUUCAAUCUUCAAAGUCAUCAUAGAAGAGCUUGCAAAAGGGAGACUGCAUCAAGUUCCAACCCCAAUGCUGAAGAUCCUCUUCCACAAUAUGUAUUUGAUCCAGAAAUCUGUAUUCAUCCGGAGAAUCAUUUUUUUAAAGCAAAGCUCUACAGAACUAGACCCAAUGAAUUGCAUAUUCCAGGAAAUGCCAUUCAAGAAUUUUCCCUUACUCUUCCUGAAAAGAUCACCCUUAUAUGUUGUCAACCCUGCCAGCGCAAGGAUAUUCCAAUGAAUGAAUUGGGAGACUAUCAUCAUAACUUGACACCCAUCCGCAUAAAGUAUCAGGAAGUGACAGGAAUAGUGUGUAGGUGGCAAGAUCAUAGAAUAUAUAUCAAGGGUUGGGCAAGCUUUUGUAGAAGGAAUAAGAUUGAAAGAAAUGAUACAUGCUUCUGUGAAGUUAUAUCAGGGGAAGACCAAGUAGUAAAAACACUACGGGUGCAUGUUGCUAGGAGGAGAUGAACACCACGGGUGCAUGUUGCUUAUUUUUAAUUAAUUACAUGCUGUAAAUAUUUUUAGGAAUUAUUACUUAUCAUUCUCUUAUGUAAUAAUGGUUUCUUCCAUUUUCUCAUGGAAUGGUAACCAUAUUUGUCUGUAGUUGGUUGCACCAUCAUUUAGCUUACACUAUGUCACUGCUUGGCCCUUUGUCUUGUUCUGCUUUGGACAACUUCUAUUAAUUGGAUUAGAAUUUGAAAUGUUGUUUGUGGACUUCAA